AAGGCUACGCCAAAUUUCUAAGAUGGAUGUCUAUCUUUAACGUUGGUUUUCUUAUUGUCAUCCUCAUUGCUCUCAUUUCCUGGAUGGCAAUUAAAGGCAGACCAGAGGACAUAGGAUUCGCUGUUCCACCGAUCAUGGGAGUGUUGCUUUCCACAGUAUAUUCCAUUAUAUUUCUGCGUUGGACAAAGAGAGGAUUCCCAGAUAGCAAACAGUGGUGGUGGUCCCUGAAUAUCUGCAACAUCGUGUCUCUUGUCGUCAUCCUCAUUGCCCUCAUUUGCUGGAUUGCAUUUAAAGAUCAAGGCUGCGAUAUCAACAUUCCAAUCUGGAUCAUACUCACUGUAUCAAUGGUCACAUCUGUGAUCACAUUAUCCAGGUCCUUUCCAGUUUGCCACAACGGAAACAAAGGAACGAACAAAAACGACUGUGCUGAAGUAGAACAGGAUAAAGAAGAAGUGCAAGAAUUACAAACUAUCAGCCCGGAUCAUGAAGCUGAACCUGAAAAUCUUCCUCCUGAUUAGAAAGGACACGGCAGCCUUCAGUUUCAGAUGUCACUGUGAGGGCAGUUACUGUGUCCCUGCUGUAGACUGGAGCCUGGAAAAUCCUUCCCUCCGACAGUGGGGAAUGUGGUGCUCUGCAGCUGUAGCUCGUCUGACCCUCCGUGAGAACAAUAUUGCACUCAUUUCAUCUCUCGGCUUCCAGCGAGAACUUUGAUCCUUGAUAAUCUCAUAAAGUUGUCAUUGGCACCGGAAUCGUUUUAAGGGACAAUGAGAGAGGCCCAGAGAGGCUCUGUCCACAAGACCUUGUCACAGCCUUGGUCCAAACACAGGCUAAAGAGUUGAAUAUGAGAGGGGAGAUGAGAGUGACAGAGCCUGUCACCAAGGCAGCAUUUCACUGUGUGGCAUUGAGGAGCCAUAGAAAAUUGAAGUCGAAGGGAUAUAAAAACAGACAAUGCUGGAAACACUCAGCAGGUCGGGCAUCUGUGGAAAGAGAAACACAAUUAAUGUCUCAGGUUGAGAUCCUCAGAUCUGGGAAAAAGUGAAAACAAGUUGGUUUUAAGUUACAAAGAGAAUGGAGGAGGGAUGGGUAAAUCCAGGGGCCAGGGUUACCAUGGGAUAAGUUGUAGAUGAGGUCUUUGGGUUGUUAGGUUAAUGAAGUAAUUAGAAAGGUGAAACAUGAACAAAGGAACAUAAAAACUCCGCAGUGAGGGAGACUGAGCACUAAGGGAUGUAAAAGUUGUGACGUGCAGAGCUGAGGAAAUGCCCAGCAGGCCGGGCUUGUUUCUGGAGGAGUGAAAAACUGAGCCAAUGUUAGAAAUGGAUGAGCUGCAGCAGAACUGGCGGUUCAGAAAGAAUCAGAGAAAGCCAGUUAUCUGAUGCUGUUGAACUCGAUAUAGAGUCUGGGAGCCUGCAAUGUGGCCAGAAGGAAGAUUUUCAUUUACUGUUCAAGUUAAAGGGAGUUGAACCCACUGUCUGAAACCGCACUUUACACAAAGGAAGGUGGAUAUGGCUGGUGGAGUUUAAUCAUCCCAGUCCCAGGACAUUGCAACAGGAGUCCCUCAGGGCAGUGACUUAAACCCAGCCAUCUUCAGCUGCUUCAUUGAUGACCGUCCCACUGUUAUAAGGUCAGUUCUAUCUCCAGCAGUCAGGCAAUGAAGCAGUUUGUGGCGGCACACACAAAACUUGGACCAAACUGAGGCAUGGGCUGAUAAGUAGCAAGUGCUGUUGGAGGGUGGGACCCCGAGAGCUGUGAGGGACCGAAUGAUUGAAGUGUCUGUUGAUCAGCAAACCGGUGUGGUGAGGAAAUAAUAGUCCUCGGGAGAGUGAAACGUGAUUUCCAGAAUGCUGAGCAGUGCAACGGGCUGCAGUAUGGUAUAAUUACAGUGAAGGCCGGAUGGUGAAGCAGCAGAGGGUGAAGUGAGUCUGUGACAGUUGCAGUGAAGACCUGUCAGAACAGAGUGAAACUGCAGCCUUUGGUGUGUUGGAUUUGAUAUAUAUAUUUUCUUCUAGGGCGUUUUUACAUGUAUAGUGUUUGACAUACCUCUAGUGGCUUUACAAGAUAUAACUGCUUCCCUGGUGUGUUUUUUCACCUAGGAAGCAGUUUUCUCAUUGGUUGAUUUUUGCCAUAGUAGAGAACAGGUAUUUUCUGAUUGGACCAUUGUUAUCUAAGGAAUGUCUCAUCUCGGGUAUAAAAGGAGCUGUUUUAUUGUUUAAAAAGCUCUCUUUCUCUUGCCCUUUUUCUUGCCUUCUCUCUCUCCCUACCCCCCUCUCUACCCCCGCCCUCUACCUACCCCCCUCUACCUACCCCCCACCCCCUCUCUCUAUCCCCCUCUCUCUACCCCCCCCACUCCCCCACUACCCCCCCACCACACCCCUACCACCCACCUCUCUACCUCCCGAUCACCCUGCACCAGAAUCCCACAGGUGAUGUGUCGAACUGUCAAACAUUGAAGGGUUAAUGAGCUGACAAAGGGUGAGAGGGAGAAGGCCAGUUGAUAGAAUUCACUGGUAGCUGCGGUUUGAUGGUAUUUGGGGUGGGAGGUAAUCUCGGUGGUGUAAAGCCACACCGAUGGUGAGAUAAUGCAGUCAGUGGGAGGGAGACCCUGCUGGGACCGUGUUUGUGUCUCGGGACAGUGUAAUCCCGGUUCCAACAGUUUGGUUCACAGAGGCUGAUCUGUUAGUGAGUGAGCUCCAGAGUUAACGCUUCAGAUCGAAGACUCUUCAGCUGAUGAGGCAUUCCAGCAUUUUCUGUUUUUUAGAUUUUCACUUGUUCUUUCCUCAAACAAGAGACUCGUUCACAGCAUCUGAUUUUGGGCUUGAGGGUAGAUGGGUGGGGUGAGGGGGAUUGGGGGUCAGUGCCAUUGGGGGUGAAGGAAGGAUAGGAGGCAUGUUUUGCGACUGACCUCAGUGGGAUCCCUGCACAGAGCCAGGCAAUGAGGACACGGAUGUUCCAGGAGAGGAAGCCCCAGGACAAUGGGGACUAAUUCCCCCAAUGUUCCAAGGGGAAUGUCACUUGGGAAUGAUACACAAAGCUGAUUCAAUAGGAUCCCCCGGAAUUGUUACAGAACAGCAGAAGAACUUUUCCAUCGAGUACAUGCCGAGUGUUUGAAUGUUUGUUGUAAAAGGUACAAACAAGACAAAAGCAACUACAGCUUCAAAGGUUAGAGGAAAUACAUCAGCGAUUACAGUGCAGCGACAGUUUAAAAGAAAACAAGGUUUCUCAGCAAGAUGCAUUUGGGAUUAGGGUUCUCACACAUGAUCACACAUCUUUAUUAUUUUGAUUAAAUAUCCCAAAAUUACUGGAGAACGUAUCAAAGGCCAAGGUGAGUUGUGACUGGUUCGUCAGUCCAAGUAAGUUGAUGAAAAAGUCCAUGCUGUCUCUAAUUGUUUGUGAUUUCCAUACCCGUGUUGCAAGCUCAAAGUGUGAGAAUUGAUGCAUUUUUGUCUCACUCCAUUAUUCAUUCAUGGAAUCUGCUGUGUAAAAUUGUACCUGCAUUGUGACCUUCACUGAAACCAUCCCCCCUCCCCCCACCAUUCCUCCAUUAAUUGAAUUUUUAAAAUGUGAUUGCCAUGAGGAUCUGUAUUGAUAUCAAUAAUGAUCAUACUGAUGGAUUUCUGAACACGAAAUGUUCCACAGCAGCCAUUUCCAGCAGGUAGAUAAUGUCCAGAGGGCCCUGUCAACAAUGUGAUUCUGGUCCGGACAAAACAUGGUUCAAUCAGGGAACACUGACGGUCAGGGGUUCCAGUGCAAUGGGUAGUAAAGUGUUCCUGGAGGCUUUAAAAUGUAUCCAUCUGGGCAAUACCUCUGUACUGGUCACAAAAACAGGGAUGCUGGAAACUCUCAGCAAGUCAACCAGUACCUUCUGGUAACUUUGUUCCACAUUCCCCACAUCUGCAGGGUAUUUUUUCACCAAUUUCUCUGCUUUUGUUAUCGAUUAUAUCCAAGCACUUUUUUUAGUUUUUAAAGCUAUGUCAAAAUAAUGGAUUUUAUCUCAAAAUAACAUUUUGGGAUAUGGAAGAUGGGUACUUUGAAGAGUGAUGUGGUAAAUGUUGCAGAUCUGGGGGGAUAAAGGUGACAUGGGUCUUUCUCGGAGUGUUUGGACAAAACUUUAGAAGUUAGUUGUUAUCGUAGAUCAACAGCUGCAUUAUUAUUGUAAUGUGUAUCUAGAAGUUGGGAGAUGAGUUAAAUGGACUGUAAUCAUUUUCCCUCUGUUCCCAUGAAUACAGUACAAGUAUUCUUCAUCCUGAUGGGACGGCAGGUUCUAUAUUUAAUGGGUGGAGAGUGAUUAUACACUUCCCAUAUCUACUCAGCAAACACGCUGACUUCUCAAACUGCGAUACAGUCCUUAAUACAUCCCACUCCCCCUCUUUUCCUACCUAUCUCUUAUUUCUAUUUAAACCCACUCUCUCUCCCUCUACUUCAGUUUCCAUGCAACUCGAUUCAAAUUCAUCCAGUUUCCACCUGCUGUUUGUUUGUACUUUCUCUAUCUUUUCCAUUCAUGGGUUAUAAGAAUAUUGAAUGGCUCCCUGGUAUUAGAUGGACCCUUGACCUCACAAUCUACUUCAUUAUGGCCCUUGCACCUUAUUGUCUGCCUGCACUGCACUUUCUCUGUAACUGUAACACUUUAUUCUGCAUUCUGUUAUUGUUUUCCCUUCUACUACCUCAAUGCACUGAGGUAAUGAAAUGAUCUGUAUGGAUGGCAUACAAAACAGUUUUUCAUUCUACCUGAGUACCUGUGACAUUAAUAAACCAAUUUACCAUCACUGCGCUGAGCACAAUGUUGUUGAGGCCCCAGUCAUCACACUGACAUGCUCCAUCGUCAACCUAUCCAUCCACAGGAAGUGGAGAUGCCUUUAUGUGAUGAGCCGAGUGUCCAAUGAAUAUUUCCCACUAAGAACUCUGGUCCUGGGGGCCUAAGGUAUUUCCUUAAAUCUUGGUUUACUACUUUAUAUAUGCAGGGAGAAGCUCGGACAUGACAUAACAAUGGAAACAUCUGUCUUUCUGCCAACUCUGACAAGAUAAAGUUAAACUCCCUCAAGUGGCAGAGGGCCCAGUUCCAAGGAGUCAUGCUUCAACUGAGCAGGAAAUUCAGGACUUCGGUGAAUGAGGGAAUUGGUGACAUGGAGGAAAGAGAUUCUGUCCUGGUUCUUUAUUUCUGCUCUGUGAGUUAAUCUAAUAAUAAGAAUGACUUGACAAGCCAUUUCAUUCCUGUUAAGUGUACAUUCUGCACCACUGGAAACUCCAGAAUGCUUCCUGGACAUUCAUGGGAACAGGAAAUGUUUUUUAGUUGUAGGACUGGAGCUCUGGGUUUUGGGAGUCCAGGCAACACUGCAGUCCAUCCACAAGACAGUGUUGUAUGGAUAGGACAUUCCGGAAGUGGUGGCCCUAGAGUAAGAGAGAGCAGGCACAGGGGCAAUGGAUAACUGCUGGAUGGACAACUAUAGAGCAGGCAAGUAGUUCAGGGAACCUCUGAAGCACCUGUUCUCCGACCAGUAUCCCACUUUUGAACACACUAGCCUUAAUCAGUCAGAGCAAUGAAUAUAGGAAUUGGGACAUUAUGUUGCAGUUAUAUAGGUCGUUGGUGAGGCUGCACUUGGAGUACUGUGUACAGUUUUGGUCACCCUGUUAUAGGAAAGCCGUGAUUAAACUGGAAAGAGUGCAGAAAAGAUUUACAAGGAUGUUGCCAGAACUAGAGUGCCUGAGAGGUUGGCCAGGCUCAAUCUUUAUUCCUUGGAAUAUAGGAGAAUGAGGGGUGAUCUUAGAGGUUUAUAAAAUCAAGAAGGCAGAGAUAAGGUGGAUGGUAACAGUUGUUUCCCCAGGGUAGGGGAGUCCAAAACUAGGGAGCAUAGGUUUAGGGUGAGAGGGGAAAGAUUUAAAAGGGACUUGAGGGGCAACUUUUUCAAGCAGGGGGUGGUGAGUAUAUGGAACAAGCUGCCAGAGGAAGUGGUUGAGGCAGGUACAAUUGUAUCAUGGGAUAGGUACAUGGAGGCGUGGGGCUUAGAGGGAUAUGGGCCAAAUGUAGGGAAUUGGGACUAGGUGGGUGGGUGCUUUGUCAGCAUGGACUCAUUGGGCCAAAGGGCCUGUAACCGUGCUAUAUUGCUCUAUGACUCGAUGACUCUAGGAGUUAGCUCCCUGGGAAGUGCAGCCAGAUCCAAGAUUUACAAGCAUCAUGGGUGGCUCAGGGAGGGAGAAUGAAGAUCGGGAGGAUAAUAGGGAAUCAUAUUGACAGGGGAACGGAGAGAAGUUUCUGAUGUUGCCUCCCUGGUGCCAGGAUGUUCUGUAUUGCCUAAAGAACAUUCUGGAGGGAGGGGAUCAGAGGGAACAGCCAAAGUCGUGGUCCACAUUGAAAUCGCUAAGAAAAAGGCUGGGAUCCUGCAGGUAGAUGUUGAGGAGCUGGGAAGGUGAGUGAGAAGCAGGACCCCAAAGAUGGCAAUCCCCAGAUUCCAGUGCCACCCGCCAGUGGGAACAUAAAUCGGAGACAAGUGCAGAUGAAGGAAUGGCUGGAGAAACGUUGCUGGGGGAGGGGCUUUGGAUUCCUGGGAUUGGGACUGGUUCUGGGAAAGAUGGAACCUGCACAGCCUGGAUGGAUUGCACCUCAUCGGGAUGGGAGAAUGUGCUGGUGAGCAGGUUUGCUCAGGCGUUGGUGGGGAAUGGGAAGGUGAGUGUAAAUUCAGAAGAGGGUGAAGCAGAAAUGGAAGUGGUAAGGCAUUUGCCUCACCGACACACACGCCCAGGCAAACAUCAGGAAGAACAUAACUCGGUGAAAGGUGCACUUUGGUCUGCCUGAAACUUGCUGGUCUUCCGGUGUAAAGGGAUGUCUGCAAGGGAAUGCUACCGAUUGGCACAUUCAGGGCUGCAGGAGAAGGUACCAAGGAACGUGCUGAAGCUUAGUGCAGUCAUCAGAAGGUCGCUGUGGGGAAUGGGGUCAGUUCGGGGCUUUCCCACUCCCAGGGUCGGUGCCACACUGAGGGGCUGCAACCGGUGUGACAACCUGUCAAACUUGUUGCUGAUGUGCUGUUUGGGACUGAGAAACCAAUGACAUGUUGACAGAUUGAACAUAUUGUGAGCAAAUGUAAUGAGGUGCUUGUUCCCGUGAAUGAAGGCUAUGUAAUGUCCCACAUUGUAUCACCGCAUGUUUAUGGAUGUAUUUGCAACGACCAAACCAAAGCUCCUCCCUUCACGUUACUAAAACUUCCCAUCAAUCACAGCUAUUUUGAAGUGCGUGCUUCCGCUCAUAACACUGGUUGGGUUUCUUGCAGAAAGGGGCUGCGAACUGGUUAAAGUUUUUUAUUUGUAAAUAGAAAACCUCCGAGAUCCGCUGUGCGAGGAGAGGGCUCGGUGUCCGGGUUGUGAAGGGUCCCAGAUCCUGGAACUUCACUCUAGGGUUGGGGAAGCUGCGGCUCCUGCUCGCUGUCCGGAGAUGUAUCUGAGAUAAAAGAUAUGUUUAUUAGUCACAUGUGCAUCGAAGCACACAGUGAAAUGCAUCUUCAGCGUAGCGUGUUCUGGGGGCAGCCCGCGAGUGUCGCUGGUUUCACUAAACUCGCUGGCGUUUUGCUGCUGUUCUUGCUUGGAGUGUCUGAUAACGAAGAUUUAACGGUUACAUUUUCUUUCCUUACCCUCAUCAGCCAAAAGGGAAGAAGUGGUCAGAGUCCUUGGUUCUUCGGUUUUACUGGAUCCUAGAGCCAAAGUUGAUCCCAGAAAGCAAGAAAUUAUUUGGACGUUCAUCGCCAGCCACAAAAGCCCUGUCACCAUCGUACAUCACAUCCCAGGUUACAUGAAGUGGGCAGAACCCAGUAAACAUUUCCAGUCCCGGUUACAGUUUAAUCUUUCUAAUGGCUCUCUGAUGGUAAAUGGAUUAAAAGCUGGUGACCAAGGAGAUUACAGCCUCAUGGUAGAUGACCGUGAACUGAAGAUAAUACAAUUGUCCCUCUUCGGUAACCUGUCGGAAGCCUUGAUUUUGACCACCUCCAUCUCCCUCGGUUCCACCAUCGAGCUCACCUGUAACGUCAGUGGAGAUCCUCAUCAGUAUCGGUGGUGGAAAGAUGGAGGGGAAAUCUCCCGGCUUCACCAGCUGAUAGACGGUAACAGGACUCUCGUUAUUCUGAAGGCUUCAAGACGUGACUGUGGAAUUUACACGUGUGUGGCAACCAAUCCCGCCAGCUCCAUCCAGACGGAUUGCACCCUGAUUAUUCCAGGCUUUCUCAAUAAGGAUAUCGCAAUUAUUGUUCUCUCGACGAUUUCUUUAGUGUUUUCUUGUGUAUUCUUCUUUGCACAUGUGCCUCUGAAGCAGUGGAAGACAAAAUCGGAAAAAGCCGUGAAGAGGCUCAAACGUUGGAGGCGGCUCCUGAAUGUCUGUGACUCUGUGUCUCGUGUUGUCGCCUUUUCCAUUCUCAUUCACUGGAGCUGGAUUGAAGGUUCUGACCUUUUCGCAGUGGCAGCUUCAUGCACUGUCCUUCUCCAGCUUCUGACUUGGAUUCCACUGAUUACUGUUCAGAAUUUAGACUUCUGGUGCACUGACUGUUUCCAAAAAAGGAUGGAUAUUUGGAAAUGGACUGUAUUUGGACUGCAUGUCAUUGUGAUCGUCAUCUCAAUCACUUUCGUAACGUUAACGAGUGAUCCAAACUAUGCCACUUGUGACAGCAGCCUUAUAACCUGGAGAGUAUUCUUCGCAACAACGAUUGGGAGUGCUGUGACCUUUUCCUUGUACUUUGUAGUGAAUCUCUGCAGAAACAAAUAUACAAGUGGGAACAUCGACAAUGGAAAAAAACAGUAUGAUGGAGAAACACAAGAGUCAAAACUGACACACCAGGUCGGAGCUGCUGCUGAAUCUCUGAAGCUCAACUUGGAAAGUGUACAAGAGACUUCAUUUUCAGACGACAUUCCCAAUUAAAAGCUUAAUCAGUCAGGGUGAGUUCUUGUUGUCAUCUUUGUUUCCCAGCCGUACAAUGCAUCCGAGAAAUCUUCCCACGACUCAGAGGGAAGAAACUGAUGUGUGGUUGAAAAUGAAGUCAACAUACAUUAUAACAACAUUGGAAUUGUUUUUAUCUCUUGUCUAUCGACUGACAAUCUGGGAGAAUUUUCAUCUGGAAAUGAGGCACCCUUCCGUUUACCAUGUGGGAAGGGGCACGGACGGACUCUGUACACAAGACCUUAUCCACCUGAGUUUACAGGGACUUGUGCGAGGAGCUGGACUUCCCCCAAGGACUAAUUCUCUGCCAGCCAGCGUUCAGGACCAGUCUUGCCGAGAUCUCCUGUAAGCUCAGACACAGUCUCACACAUGUGCUUGGACCACGUUUACUGUGGAAGGUGCAAUCACUACCUGAUUUCUCAUCGUUGUCUCUAUAACUCCUUCCCCUGCUUCCCAUACCCUCCAAUAGACUUUGUCUUUCAAAUAACUUUUAAACCAAACACACGGUUCCACUAUCUCAGGCAUUAUGUUACUGUUUUAAUAUUUCUCUCUCUGCCUGGCAGAUGUCCAAUAUUGGAACCUGAUUACGGAUUAAUUUGCGUUUUUGGUGCUCUGUGUGUGUGCACGCGCGCCAGUCUUCCAGUAGCUGGAGGAGUGCUGCCUUGUGCCUGUGUCUCUUUACCUGCUGACUCUAGACCAGAGUUCUGAGGCUGAAUACCAGAAGUGAGGUCUUGCAACAGAUGGACAGAGUAACCCACAGUGUACGAUAAGAUGGACUCUUGACCUUAUAAUGUACCUUGUCAUGGCCUUGCACCUUAUUGUCUGCCUGUACUGCACUUUCUCUGUAACUGUAACACCAUAUUCUGUUAUUGCUUGUGCUACCUCGAUGCACUGAUGUGAUGAAAUGAUCUGUCUGGAUGGCACGCAAAACAGUUUGUCACUGUACCUCAGUACAUGUGACAAUAUUAAACCGGCUACGUAGAGCUUUUAGACCAGGCAGCCCAACAAGAACUGUUCUGGGAACCUCGCCAUUGACACAACACGUUGAAGACCCAUGUUCCUGAUCACUGACCUCUGAACCCCAACUCUGGCUGCACACCCACCACACUGCGGACCCCCCAGCUUGCACUCCGCACUAAUGAGUGAGCCAGAUGCCAGACUUCCAGGAUUUCCAGGCAAUCAGAUGCCAAAUGAUUGAAGUUUUACUUACAGCACCAUGCACCUGGCUGAGGUUUGGUCUGACAACAGUGAUCGGCAGGUUCUGGCAUCAUUUAUUUACAGGGAACCGUUUAAACCCAUAUCACUGGACAAAGAUCCCAAAGGAGUGAACCCCUUGUUGCUUUACCGCCCUGCGUCAGACCAACAUUUGAACCAAUCCAGUGGCUCUCCUGCCCAGUCGUCUCUCUCUGCCCGUUCACCAAAGUCCUGGGCCCUUUCACUCCAGGGCAUAACCGUAUCUGAGAGGAGGAUUGGCACAGCAAGAUCCACAAACUUUGAGUACUCCUAUGGACACCACUGGAUGUGAAAUUAACCCAUCCAGCUCCCAUCAGAGGUAGCUCCGGGCAUAUUCUCAAUGAAAUAAGUGCGGACGGUUACAGCAACCUCACAAUUUGGAUAGAGUGAAGAAGUGAUGCUUGGGAUCAGCUGGAUUCAUCUUCAGCCCAGCUGAUGGGUAGGUCUGUUUAUGUGACUGUGCUUCAGAAGGCCCUUGGUGGCUCUGCUUAUCACUGUAUCUGGGCCAAAGAAAAAUGUCUGUGCCUUAUGUAUUUGAAUGUUUUUGACUUUUUUAACUUCUUGAAUAAUGUUUUUAAAUAUUUAUAUGUAGUUAGAAUA